CCGCUUUCAAGUUAUGUUUUUUUUCACUGCCCAUGUCAGCGCUAGCACCGGAGCUACUGGAUAUAUCGCUGUCAUCAAGCCUUUACUGUUAUGGUAUCGAGCCAUCUCGAUUGAACCAUAUUUCGAGUUGUGAAUGAGGAGGCUGUUAUUAAUUACAGGACGCAUUUGUACCGUCUGCACAGCCUGACAAGACGCCCAAGCAACCGAGUGGAAUCAAGCUAAGAUGCCAUGCCACAAUCAGCAGAUGAACAAUGUCAACAGUGGCCAAGAGCACCCCAUGAAGCAAGUGCGGUUUGCGAACAAUAGUGACAGCAGUGUUCCUGACUUGGUGUCCAACUCUGGAUCAGAGAAUGUCAGUAUACAGGCAGAGAGUCAGGAGUCCUUAGGACCCCAGCUUAAACUGCUUCCCUUGAACGACCAAAUCCGCGAACUACAAACUAUAAUUAGAGACAAAUCAACCAGCAGAGGGGACUUUGUGUUUUGUGCUGAUCGACUGAUCAGACUAGUGGUUGAGGAGGGACUUAAUCAGCUUCCCUACUCAGAGUGUACUGUCACUACUCCAACAGGGUACAAGUAUGAUGGUGUCAAGUUUGAAAGAGGGAACUGCGGAGUCAGCAUUAUGAGAAGUGGCGAGGCCAUGGAGCAGGGCCUACGAGACUGCUGCCGGUCCAUUCGCAUCGGGAAGAUUCUGAUCCAAAGCGACGAGGAGACGCAGAAAGCCAAGGUGUACUAUGCCAAGUUUCCCCCGGAUAUCUACAGGAGAAAGGUCCUGCUCAUGUAUCCCAUCCUCAGCACGGGGAACACCGUGAUAGAAGCAGUGAGGGUGUUGAUAGAGCACGGCGUUCAGCCCAGACACAUCAUCCUCCUCAGCCUCUUCUCCACCCCUCAUGGUGCUAAAUCCAUUAUCCAGGAGUUCCCAGACAUAACGAUCCUGACAACUGAAGUGCAUCCCGUGGCGCCUACACAUUUUGGACAACGGUACUUCGGUACCGACUGACCGCUGAACUCAGGGACAACCAGAGGAAUGCUUUGACGUGGCAGCGGUUGGAGGGGUUGGUUUUAUGCAUCUUGUUUUUUGCUUUGUCUGCUUUAAACACUUUUUUUCCCUUCCCACUGGGCCACCUCAUUAAAAGAUUGAAUCUGUACAUUCACAACCGCCAACUACUCACUGACCAUUUCCAAUUGGUUGCCCAGCAACACAUGGCAACAGUGGGGUGUGCGGUGUCACAGCCAACUACAAGGUUGAGCAGACAGUUGCAUUAUGCAGAUUUUCAGUGUUGUAGUUUGUUGACACCCAAUCAGGUACACUACUAGGUGCCUGACUACGUAAAGUUUUCUUUACUUUAAGACUCGGCCUAAAGUUUCUUUGGCGGUGUGAAUGUAUGGUUAUGCUUUCCUCCUCGCUAUGCCAAAUAUGCUUACUGGAUCUCCAAAGGACUCUCCAAAUAUUGUGCUCUAAUUUAGCUUUUCGUUUGUCGUGCGUGUGAAAUCUUGGUUAUAAAGACUACAACACUGACUAGAGCACUUGAGUAGACUUGUAGACUGAAUUUAUUGAAACAGGUUACAUCCAGAUAAAUCAAACCAUUGAUUGAUAUGUUGUCAACUGAACAGCAAGUCAAGCAGUAUCAGUAUCAGUAUUAGAUGUUCCGGGGGUGUUAUCAAAAGGGAGGGCCCCACGAUCAUUACUUGAGUAAAAAACUGCUAAAAGGGAUAAUAUGAACGGCUAGCAAUAUUAUACUGCUAUCUGCAAACACCUUAAUACUAGAUUACAAGAAACUGGUGUGAUGUUUACCUGUGAAAAUUAAAUCUCCUAAUAUUUCAUAAUCAA